GAAGGGAUGCCGAGUUGUUUUCAAAAACACCAAAAUUGACAUGUCCGUGAUUUGUGUCAAAAGAAACCUGUUAGUCGUGCCGAAGGAUAUUCCAUCAUUGGUGGUGUUUUUAGAAAUCAAUGGUAAUAAUAUGUCUCAAAUAAAAAAAAAACGAUUUUUAUAACACAUCACUUCUUAGAUCUUUAAGUUUGAGACAAAACCACAUCUUCCUUGUUGAGGACGGAUCAUUCGCAAACCUGCCGGUUCUAAAGAGUUUGAAUAUGGCCUGUAAUCAUCUCACCUACCUUUCAAAACACAUCUUCCAAGGUCUGAACAACCUGCUGUCUCUACAGCUGGACAGAAACCGGAUCUCCUCCAUCACAAAUUCAUCCUUUGAGUCAUGCUCAAAGUUACAAAUUUUGGAUCUUAGCAACAAUCGCUUGAAUAAAUUAGAGAUUAUUCGCCACAUAUUACAGCACACCCCAGGUCUGCAUGAGUUGGACAUUCAGAAUAACACAUUUAUGUAUUUUAAUUCACCGGAAAUAUCAAACAGGUCCUUGGCAUUAAAUUCACUAGAUAUAUCACAUAAUCCACUGAAAUCAUUCAGGCUGACGUCAGACAUUUUUCCUAAACUGACCACAUUAAAUCUAUACAACUGUAGCCAGAAGGACAUGAUUUGGGACGUGCAGAACAAGUCUUUCCUACAACAUGUGUCCAAACUUUACCUAGGAGGUGGUCACAUGUCUUUGGAAAGUUUGCGUGCGGUUCUGCAGACUGUCAACUCGUCCCUGACAAGUCUAACGCUAAAUGACGAAUCAGAGGCCCUUAGUCCGCUCAUUACCGUCGCCUGCCGGAUCCCAACACUGACCAGCCUCCUGCUGACGAAGAACCGCAUUACUGCUGUCCCGGGAGAUCUCCUCAAAUCGUGCGGCCAACUGACUUAUCUGGGUCUUAGCAACAACAGUAUUUCUAACGUGUCGGGGUCCUCUUUCACAGCUCUGCAGCAGCUGGCUAGUCUAAAGAUGAGUCAAAAUAACCUCACCUCGGUUCCUACUGUCAUUAGCAAUCUGACCAAGCUGAAAACCCUGGAUUUAAGUCACAACAACAUCCGUCGGCUAGGGUGCUCGGAUUUUGCUCAUCUGACACAACUCACUGUUCUCACUCUUUUCUCAAAUCUCAUCUCUAAACUGGAGGCCUGUUUUUUUCAAGAUUUGAAUGCGUUGGAAAUAUUGAGGCUUAGUAACAACCGAAUUCACAGUCUGGGCAAAGCCUUCAAAAACUCUUUGCCGAAUCUGAAAAGUCUGUAUUUGAACUCCAAUAAACUCACAAACAUCAAACACAGAACCUUUAAAAGUUUACGGUCGCUCACCAAUUUGACUCUAGUUAGUAACCAGAUUAACAUAUUAGAGUCUGGGGCCUUUGAGGGUCUGAUCAACCUCAAAAAACUGACCCUGUCGCAAAAUCAGAUUGAUUGUGGUAAACAGGGAAUCAGACAGGAGGUCUUCAGCAGACUGAGUCAUCUUACACAUCUAAAUAUGUUUGACAAUAAAUGUCAGUAUGACACAGACGACACCAUUCCAGAUCCGCCCUUUGCGAACCUGUCAUCUCUUCAGACCCUCAUCAUCUUCACCCAACACCACAGGCUAAAGUCUAACCUACCGGCCAACUUCUUGAAAGGCUUGACAAACCUAUCCGAACUCAAAGCCAGAAAUAUUCGCAUAACGUCCCUGAAACCGGAGAUGUUUACUCACACGCCUCAAUUAAAGUCUCUAGAAAUCAACUCCAACAACUUGGUAAAACUUGAUCCAGAACUGUUUCUCCCGAUCCAAAAACUGGAACAGCUCUUCGUGAGCACAACCAAACUUCAGUCGUUAGAUUUCCUCAUACAUGCCAACCUGUCCAAGCAGGCCCAGCAAAACGCCUUCUCCAUCAUCAACGAGACCGUCCUGAAAUCUCUCCCGGCGUUGACCUACCUCGACUUGCAACGCAACGACUUCACGUGCGACUGCACCAACGCUUGGCUUCUGGACUUCAUCGAGAACAACGCUCAGACCCAGGUCCUGGAAGGACACAGCUACACCUGCAUCUUCCCGGCAAACCUCAAGGGCUCCCAGUUGCUCGAUCUGGACACACGCUCCUGUCUGGAAAGCAUCAGCUUCUCCUUCUACGUCUCCACCACCUGCGCUGUCCUCGCUGUCCUCGCCGGCGCCCUCUCCCGCCACCACCUGCGACGGCAGGUGGUCUACGCGUACUACCUCUUCAGGGCGUUCCUCUUCGACGCCAAGCGGAAGAAUGGGCGGGGAGCGUGCCAGUACGACGCCUUUGUGUCCUACAACGUCCACGAUGAAGGUCCCUGGGUGCUGAGGCAGAUGCUGCCUGUGUUGGAGGGCGAGCAGGGAUGGAAACUGUGUCUGCACCAUCGAGACUUCCAGCCUGGCAAAGCCAUCAUAGACAACAUUACAGACGCCAUUUACAGCAGCAGAAAGACCAUCUGUGUGAUCAGCCGUCGCUACCUGGAGAGUGAGUGGUGCUCCAGAGAGAUCCAGGUCGCCAGCUUCCGCCUGUUUGACGAGCGCAAGGACGUGUUGAUCCUGGUGUUCCUGGAGGAGAUCCCAGCCCAGCAGCUGUCUUCCUACCACGAGAUGAGGAGGCUGCUGAAGAGGCAGACCUACCUGAGCUGGCCCCGAGCCGCACAGCACAGCCGGCUCUUCUGGCACAAGCUCCGCCUGGCUCCGGAGACCAGCGAGGGCUCUGGAGAGGAGAACUCCCUCAUCACUGGGCUGGAGGGACCCUGACACACGCACACACACACACACUCCUACACACAUAGACAUAUACACCCACACACAUAGGCUACUCAUACACUCACACACACAUAGACAUACACACACACAUAUGCUACUCUUACACUCACACACACACACAUAGAUACACACACACAUAGGCUACUCUUACAUACACACAUACUAGAUACACACAAACAUACGCUACUCAUACACUCACACACACAUACGUUACUCAUACACUCACGCACACAUAUAUACACACACACAUAGGCUACUCAUACACUCAUACACACACAUAGGCUACUCAUACACUCACACACACAUAUAUACACACACACAUAGGCUACUCAUACACACACAUAGGCUACUCAUACAAUCAUACACACACAUAGGCUACUCAUACACACACACUUACACACAUACUCAUACAUGUGUACCAACAAGUAGACAGACACACACACAUUUACAGGCAAUCAACAUCAAGCAGGAAAUGCAAGAGAAUUUUAAAUACUUCAAAUAGUUUUACGCCUACUCAAACUGAACCUU